UGUGUGUGUGUGUGAGAGAGAGACUGUUGUUCUCAGAGACAUGGUAUGGGUGGGGGUCCCGCACGCAUUUAGAGUCCUUGAAAGUUUGUCACAGUAAAAAAGUACUUUGUAAAUGGAUGAGGGUCCGAGUUAUUCAUUCAAUCUAAGGAAUGGAACGCAAAAAGUGUCUUGAGUGAUUGUACUGGGUUUCACUAGGCUUUAUUUUUGAAAGUCCUUGAAUCGAAGGCAAAUUCCUGCUUGUUUACUAAGGUGUGGGAGUCCAGUGGGAGGUGCUGGUGCUGGGAUGGUUAACUUGAGCUGCUCCAGUCCUGCCUCGAGCUGGUAGAGGGAGACCGAAAGGUAGGGGAGGGAGACAGAAAGAAGGAGGGACCAGUUGUAUUUCUUCAGAAAUACAGAGACAGAGAGGGGUAGAAGCAGAGUACUGGAGUGUCCAGUCCUGCUCUCAGAGUGCUCUACUGUGUGGACUGGGAUAUCUGGGACUUGAGUUAGGCAGAGCUGGAAGCUGACCUGACUGGCUGUAGACCUCGGAGAGACCCUCGUGGCUGGGACCAUGGCUUGUCUGGAGGUGGACAGCCCAUCGAUGUGCAGAUACCGACCUGUUCUGCAGUUGAGGCUGCAGCAGAGGCGUACCCGUGAGCAGCUGGUCGACCAGGGCAUCAUGCCACCUCUUAAGAGUCCGGCGGCGUUCCAUGAACAGAUCCGCAGCCUGGAGAGAGCCAGGACGGAGAACUUCCUGAAGCACAAGAUCCGCAGUCGUCCUGAGAGGUCUGAGCUGGUCAGGAUGCACAUCCUCCAAGAGACGGGAGCAGAGCCCUCUCUGCAGGCGACCCAGAUGAGGCUGAAGAGAGCCCGCCUGGCUGACGAUCUGAACGAGAAGAUCUCCCAGAGACCCGGACCCAUGGAGCUGGUGGUGAAGAACAUCCUGCCUGUGGACUCCAGCGUCAAGGAUGCCAUCAUAGGUGUUGGUCCCUCAGAGGGCCAGGUCGACUACCCCGGCUUUGACGAGGACAGUGGAGACGCUCUCUCCCCAGAGCAGCCAGCCAGCCAUGAGUCCCAGACCUCAGCCCCCUCCCCUGGGGAGGCCAGGGCCCCUGAGACCCCCUCUCCUUCCCCCUUACCCAGCGCCGUCCUACCACAGUCCUUGCCUGUGGUCACCCAAGUCACAGCAGACUUCCUCAAAGGUCUCUCCGCCAAUGAGCAGCCAGUGUCUCGUCCUGCUGCCCCAGCUCAGCCUAUCACCACAGUCGCUCCCUCCAAGCCGGGGCCAACCCUGGUGAAACAGAGCCAGCCCAAGCAGCCUUCAGAGAAGAGUCGCAGUAAGAAGGGGAAGGAGGCCAAACCCAAAGUGAAGAAGCUCAAGUACCACCAGUACGUUCCCCCGGACCAGAAGGCCGAGGCCAGCGAAGCCCCCAUGGACUCAUCCUACGCCAGGAUCCUGGAGCAGCAACAGCUCUUCCUGCAGCUGCAGAUCAUCAGCCAGCAACAGCAGCACUACAACUACCAGACUAUACUACCUGCCCCUCUGAAGCCAGUGGUGGAGGGUCAGACCAAUGGUGCCAACAAUCUGCCAACCUCUAUUAUGGUAUCCCUGCCCGCCCCUGCGCCCGCACGGCCCAACAACAGCCUGUCCAACCGCAGGCCUGGCAUCCUGCCUGCUAACCUAGAGGACAUGAAGGUGGCAGAGUUAAAGAUGGAGCUGAAACUGCGAGGUCUCCCCGUGUCAGGAACCAAGACGGACCUCAUUGAGAGGCUGAGGCCCUUCCAGGACAGCCCCAGCCUCCCAUCCUCAGCCCCUGCUCCAGCCUCGGGCUCUGUGCCCGGCCCCAGUCCUGGGCCCUCCACCCUGUCCUCCCUCCCUAUGGAGGUCACCUCCGCCCCUGCCCUGCUCUUGCCCAACCAUCAGGGGGCACCAGAGACCAUGAGCCCCACCCCUCCAGUCUCUCCGGUCCCCUUCGACCCCUCCAGCCUCCGAGGGGACCCAGGGAUGUCUGAGCUGCCCUGGGACCCCCAGACGGUGAGCCCUGGUCGCCCAGGCUCCUCGCCCCUGGGCCUGGGGAUCGUACCGGGGAUGGUACGAGAGGAGAAAGACAGGCGCCUCCAUGAGAAGGAGCGCCAGAUAGAGGAGCUGAUGAGGAAACUGGAGCAGGAACAGAGGCUAGUGGAGGAGCUCAAGAUGCAGCUGGAGGUUGAGAAGAGAGGGCCAGUAGCCCCCACCCCCUCCAUGGACACCUCCAUCUCCUCUUCCGUCAUCCCCAACACCCUCAACUCCAACUCAGUCAAGAUGGAGGGCAGGGUGGCCCCGAACUGCUCCAUCACAGCCACCUCCAUCCUGGGAGCCCAGCCUCAACCUCCGGCUCUCUCCACGGUCGUGAAGCUGGAGGAGGCUGUCUCAGUCCCUCAUCUGCAGCUCCAGAACCAAACAUAUACCCAGCAACCUCACUCCCAAGCUCAGACCCAACCUAACCACCACCCCCAGCCCAGUCCUCCUAGCCUGCCCCAGUUCUUCUUUAGCCACCAGGGGGCAGUGUCCCAUGUGUUGGGCCAGCCCCAGACCCUGCAGCCCGGCACCCAGAUCCUGCUGCCAGUCUCUCUGCCCAGCAAUGCCACGGCCAUCCAGCUGCCCAACACUGCUCUCAGUCUACAGGCUACCAUGUCAAAUCAAGCCCCAGGCCUGGUGCAGGCCUCCAUCCCCCAGAUGCACUCUGCCAACAUAGAGACCGCCCCCUCUCAGCAGCUAGCCAAUCACAACCACUUACUGCAGAAUCUGACAGUGUGCAACAGUACUGGCGCUGGGAUGGUGGAGAACCAGACUAGGCCUGAGAUUCAUCCUCAGGUUUUCCUAAGCAGCUCCCCAGAAAACAACAGGAUCUCGCCUCGGGCCUCACCUAACCACACUCUCUCCAAUGGCCCCACAAACAAGUCGCCCUCUGCUUCCCAGCCCACCUUCCUUCUCCACCCCUCCAACCUGGUUGGUCAACCCCCCAAGACCAGAGAGCCCCCCCGCUAUGAAGAUGCAGUUAAGCAGAGUCGUAACCUGCACACCAACAAUCUCCCACAGGUUACCACGGCAACCAGUCAGCAGAUGGACGACCUGUUUGACAUCCUGAUACAGAGUGGAGAAAUGACCCCCUUCAUCCAGCAUGACCUUCCUCUGUCUCUCGCCAAGAACAUCCCCCUCCACACCACCACGUCUGCUAAUGUCACUACCCUCCCUGUAAACACUGCCCUCUCCAGACACCCACCCCAGGUCCAGUCUGCCCCCCCUCCCACCCUCAGCCCCAGCUCUGACCCUAGCUUCAGCCUCAGCAUCCCUGGCCUCGUCCUCAGUCCCAGCCCCGACCCCAGCCUCAGCCUGACCUCCCUGGCAUCCGACAACCAGCUAGAGGCCUUCCUAGAGCAAAGCCUGGGGGUAGGAGUAGACCCGUCCCCAACCUCUGAUCCUCGGACCCUGGGUCUGAUGGCGGAGCUGCAGACCCAUCUCCUGGAGCAGCCCUACUCUCCCAUGGACACCUCCGAGUUGUCCUUCUGUGACUCCUCCUCACCUCCCUCCUCCCUCAACAUGGGCCUGUCGGACCCAGCACUGGAUAACAUGGAGUGGCUGGACCUUACCAUGCCCACGGGGCCAGCAGGGGGGGUCACACCUCUGAGCAUACCCUCUGACCUGCUGGACACCCACGACCUGCAGCUGCACUGGGACUGAGGGGGGAGGGGGGAGGGGGGGGUGGAGGGAGUGGGUCUUUGAAGGAAAAGAGGAAUCAAGGGAUAAGGACAGUGACAAGGUGGUGCAUAUCUUAAACCUGUUACGGUUAGGGGAAACAGGGAUGGGACUGAAUUCUGAGUCCCCACAAGGAUAGCUGUACACGGCGUCUUUGUGGGUGUAAAGAGUCUGGAGCUAGAGCUUGGAUCUACAGUAGACCUGUACUGUAGCUGAUCUGGUCUAAGACAUCCCUGCUGUGCCACUCUCAACAAAACAUGUUUUUUGUGUGCAGUCAAAUCUGACACAACACAUGCCUUGUUUACACUGGUCUCUUUGCUCAGCUUAUCAACCACUCUGAUACAUAUUCCUAUCAGAUAGGACUGUUUAUGUUUUGUGAAGAGGACUCUUGACAGUCCGAUGGUCUUACCAGAAUCGACGACCAAGAACCAAGACUGUUCAAGCCCUGGACAAGGAGUGGCUGGACUCCACUUACUCCGUGAGAACUAUGCACUUAAGAGGUGGGGUCUCUAGCUAGGCUCCAUUGCCUCUGACAAGGAAAUGUGAAACACAUUCGAGUCAAAGUGAAUCAAAGUUUGAAUCGAAGGUUCAACGAUGAAACAGAGAUUCGAUUUAUAAGAUUCGUUUCGUUUAGGAGAACGGGUGUGACAGCAGGUGGUCUCCACUAGGGAGAGCCUGCAGUACUAGUCAAUGUGUCUGAAUGUAAACCAGAAUGUUGGCAGCUGCAUCUACUACAACUGAUACUGAGCUAUCAGUGGCGAGGGAACACACACAGUACCAAACUUAUUUGUAAUAAUGCUACGUAGUUGAUAACCUGUUCUCAUGGGGCACAGCCUUUUGAGAGAGGAGGGGGGGGUCUGUGUGUCUUGAUCUCAGAGCUCUGUCCUGUCUGUUUGUCUUGAUCUCACAGCU